CUGAGUUCCGUUUCUCCUGCUGUUUGGGCGCACGCACGGGUUACGCUAGAGUGUUAUGAAGAUUUCCAGAUUUGAGGGUUAUGUCUCUACUUAUACGGAACUUGCAGUGUGUGAUUCCGCUUCGUCGAUCACCUUUACGCAAGAAUUUACAGGUUGCCAGAAAAUGUCUAAAGGUGGAGGGGUUUGACGUUGGGGUCAUAUGUACAAGUGAUACAAAGAUCCGUCAGUUAAACAGACUCUACAGGCGACAGGACAAAGCCACAGACGUAUUGUCCUUUCCAUUCCAUGAGAAUUUGCGCCCUGGAUUAUUACCUGAUCCACCAUUCCCAGAUGAACACAAUUUAGGAGACAUUUACCUUGGGGUUGAGUUUAUUUAUCAGCAGUGCCAAGAAACAAAGGAGGAUUUUAACAAUGUCUUGACCGUGACUGCAGUACAUGGCCUAUGUCACCUGCUUGGUUAUACACAUCAAGAUCCAGAAGACUGGAGAAAGAUGUUUGAGAAAGAAAGUGAAGUUCUGACGGAGAUAAACAGAGCCACCGGAUCUGCACUACAGCCACUGUCUUCAGAUCAUUUUGACCAAUGAUAAUACAGCUUGUCUUGUACCCCAAAAGCUUCUGUUAUGUUUCCUCACUUCUGAAGUCAUGAAUGCACUUGUAUACUGGAAGAAAUGUAAACUUGGGCCCCUUGCAGACGAGCGCGUGUCACGCUGCGAGUCCGCAGCGCAGCUCCCAGCACUGACGGGGGUCACAUAGCAUUAUAUUAAUUUAUGAUGCUAUGUAACCCUUAUAGUUCUGGAAUGUAUUAGAUUACACUAACAGCAUUAUGUUAGUGUCAUCUAAUACCUUCCAGAACUGUAAGGGUUACAUAGCAUCAUAAAUCAAUAUAAUGCUAUGUGACCCCGUCAGUGCUGGGAGCUGCGCUGCGGACUCGCAGUGUGACACAUGCUUGUCUGCAAGGGGCCUUAGUGCGGCUGAGACUUCAGUUCUUCAGUUUACUGGGUGGUUUUUCGGGUAUGUUUUAAUUUGUGUUCACAUCAUGUAUUUGUCCCAUGUUUAACCCCUUCAGGACAUUUGUCAUACAUGUCUGUGAAAUGCCAACUACAGACGUUUAGACCCUCGGAUACUGUGGUCAAUUGUGACUACGGCAUCUGAGGCAGCUUUCUCCAAGAGCACUGCUCUCCAGGGGCCGAACGGCGGCCCCGCACUUUGGUCGGGGAAGCCAUUCAGUCCCUGUAGCAACCUUGGUGCCUCUGAGUUUUCUACAGCAGUAGUUCCUAUGGAAGCCUGCAGGUGGCAAGGCUCCAUAGCAAAAUAGCACAACUCCCAUAGGCUAAGACAAUAUAAGUAUCGCUUAUUAAAGUCCCCUAAGGGGACUUAAAAUAUUUAUAAUAAAAUGUUUUAAAAAAUUAUCAAAAUUCAAAUCACCCCCCUUCCCCAUAAUAAAUAUAAACAAUAAAUAUAAUUUAUACCACCGCAUCCCAAAAUAUCUGAACUAUGAACCCCUUCCCGACCAGCACCGUAAUACUAUGGCGCUGUGGGAAGUGACUUCCCGACGCUGAUCGGCCGGGUGCAGUGGCUGCGCCCGCCCGUUCAGCUGCAGGGGACCGGCUGUUCCCGUAAGCCGGACCCCUGCUGUAUGCGCCGGCAUCGGUGAAAACCCUGAUGCCGGCGCAUUAACCCUCA